CUGCGCCCCCGUCCUCGGCAUGGCCCCCGCCGCCCGUCCUCUCGCCGCGCCGCGCCUCGUCAAAUGUUCCUCCGGCCCGUGACCCGCAGCAGCGGUAGCAACCACUAGCGCGGGCGUGGCACCAACAAGAGCAGCGAACCCACCUGCAACGCGGUACCGUACAUGGCGACGGCGAUGGCUCUGCUCCGUCUCGCGGCUCUCGCCGGCGCCGUCGCGCUCCUCCUGCCGGGCGCCGCCGAGGCCCGCAUCCUCCUCUCGCUCGACGACUUCGGCGCCGUCGGCGACGGCACUGCCGACGACACGCAGGCUCUCGUUGACGCAUGGACGGCGGCCUGUGCCAGCACCAACGGCCACGUGGUCAUCCACGUCCCCGCCGGCAGGUCGUACCAGAUCUGGCCGGUGACGCUCGCCGGGCCCUGCAGGGACGAGAUCAUGAUCUUCGUCUCCGGGAACAUCAUCGCGCCGGACAGCCCGGAGGACUGGGAGCGGCGCGACGGCGGCAAGUGGCUGCACUUCUUCCAGGUGCAGGACCUGACGGUGAGCGGCGGCGGCGUCAUCGACGGCCGCGGGCAGGAGUGGUGGGCGCAGGCCUGCAAGGGGAGGCACCGCAACGACAAGCAUUGCACAGCCCCGGAGGCUCCCAAGGUGAACUCCUCUGUCCCGUUUGACUACUCUGAAUGUUUGCUCCAGUGGGAUCAGGGGACAUCAUUUGCCUUUUCAUUUAUCACUUUUUUCUUUGUUCUUGGCGGAUGCAUGCAGGCGCUUCACUUCGAGGAGUGCCAUGGGGUGCGGGUGCAGGGCGUGACGCUGCAGAACGGGCAGCAGCAGCACCUGACCUUCACCCGCUGCUCCAACGCCAGGGCCAGCUUCCUCAGGGUGGCCUCGCCGGAGAGCAGCCCGGGCACCGACGGCAUCCACCUCGUCAACUCCAUCAGCGUCCACGUCAACGACAUCCACAUCGCCACAGGUGGCGCUUGCGUGUCCAUGGUGGGCAACUGCACCGACGUUCGCCUCAGAUACAUCUCCUGUGGACCUGGCAAUGGCAUCAGUAUUGGGAGCAUAGGCGAGACCCCGGUGGCUGACAGGCUCGAAAAGAUCGAGGUCGACACCAUGUUCAUCGCCAACACCUCCAACGGCCUCCUCAUCAAGACCUGGCAGGAUGGCUGCGGCUACGCGCGCAAGGUGAAGUUCGCCAACGUGGUGAUGAAGAACGUCUCCGACCCCAUCAUCAUCGACCAGUACCGCUCCGAGCACCCCAUACCCUGCGGGUCAACCGCGGCGACGAGGACGGUGGCGGUGGAGAAGAUCGACUACGUGAACAUCGCCGGCACGUCGGCGUCGAAGCGGGCGGUGACCUUCUCCUGCAGCGACGUCGUGCCGUGCAGGCAGGUGUCGCUCAAGGACGUUAACCUGAAGCGGCUCAGCGGGCGCGGCGCCUCUGCCUACUGCCGCAGCGCGUCCGGGAAGGCCGCCGGCGUCGUCGUCCCCGAGUCCUGCCUCGCCGGAGCCAGGGCCGCUGGCGUCGAGGAGCAGUGAGCCGUGAGGUCUCGACCGGGUUCUUGGUCUCACUGUGAUGCUCCGGCAUGAAUAAUCCGGCCGUGUAUUGUACUUUGUAUUACAUAUUGUGAUGUACUGUACUCCCGUACCGCCGUACGUAUUCGGGACUGACUAUAGGUCAGUCGACUGAAAAAGUAAAUUUGGGUCAGUCAACUGACCCGAACUCGUUUCAGCUAA